AUGAGUACGUCGGCGAUUGAAGUUAGUGGUGAAAAAGUGAAAGCAGUGUGGGAUAAGAGAUUGACAGAAACAUUUUGUGAUAUUUGUAUUAAAGAGAUAUUGAAAGGCAAUAGGCCUGGUACUCAUUUCACAAAAGAUGGAUGGUUGAAAAUAAUGAUCAACUUUGAGAAAGAAACGGGCAAGGCUUUUUCACAAAGACAACUUAAAAAUAGGUGGGAUGCCCUAAAAAAAGAAUGGAAAGCUUGGAAGAAACUUAAAGGUGAAGAUACUGGUCUAGGGUGGAAUCCUAUUAAAAGAACCGUUGUGCCUGAAGCUCAAAAAUUUAGAACAUUGGGCAUUGAUCCUGAAUUCGAAGGGAAGUUGGACCAAAUGUUUAUGGGAAUAGUUGCAACAGGUGAUAAAGCAUGGGCACCUUCUUCUGGUACACUCCGUAGUGAUUUUUUUGAAAAUGUUAAUAAUGAAAUACAUGAAGAGGAUGAUGAAGAAAAUGUGAGAAAUGAUGUUCACAUUUUAAAUGAUGUUCACAUUUCAAAUGAUGUUCACAUUUCAAAUGAUGUUCAAAUUGAUGGAAACGGUCAAAAAAGAAAAAACCCUGAGAUAUCAAGUUCACAUUUUAAGACUGGAAGAAAGAAAUCCUCAAAGCAAAUUGAAGGGGCUGCAAGAUUGUCCAGUCAAAUAGAAAAAUUAUGCAAUGCAACUGACAAUAUGAGUCAAGCCACAUCUAGUUUGACUCUGUUAUGGAUCCAUAUGGUAUUCCACAAGCGGUCAAAGUGCUCGACAAAGAUGUCGGAAGAAGUUCUGGUGAUGAGUAUAGUUGAGAAUUACAGCGGUGAUGAAAAUGAUGAUGAAAGGGAAAAGAAAGAGAUUUUACAACGCAUGGAAUGUUUUAACCAAUUAUUUGUUGUUGCAUCUUCUUCCGUGCAAUUAUAUUACGAGAAGUAUAUAUUAAAGCAACCAUGCAUGAAUUCAAAACAGUCAGGUGCAAUUGAUGGUACUCAUAUUGCCGCUAUUCUUCCACCAAAUGAACAAAUUCCCCAUAUUGGAAGAAAAGGAAAAUAUUAUCUUGUUGAUUCUGGAUAUCCUCAAAUGAAAGGUUAUCUUGGACCAUAUAGAGAUUUUAUGAAAUACGAAGAUAUUAACUGGGCAUAUGAGAAUACUAUUGAUUCAGAAAAUACGCAUGGUCGAGAAAGUGAUGAUGAUGACGACGACGAUGAUGAUGGUGAUGAUGAUGGUGAAUCAAGCAAUUCAAGUGGUUUUGAAAUGGAAUUAACAAGAGAUGCUAUAGCUUCUAGUUUAAUGAAUUCACUUUAA